AUGUCUGCUAUGCGCCGACAGUUGUAUUUACUAACAAACGCACUUCGAACGAUUUUCAAUUUUGUUUCCCUUAAAAUUAUGGGAUGUAUUUCCUCAAGAAUUUUAGUAGAAGAUACUUCAAGACCUGUAUUCCAUGUAUGGAACAUUGAUGAAGACGGUCAUUAUAUCAAAUCAUGCCAUAUACAAGUAACUGACACUGACCUAGUUCUCCAUCAAAGAGGAGAACCACCAAUUAUAUGGCCACUUCAAAGCCUUAGACGCUAUGGAUUUGAUACUGAAUUAUUUUCUUUUGAGUGUGGUCGACACUGCUCUACAGGGCCUGGCAUUUAUGCAUUUAAAUGCAAAGAGGCUGAAUCUUUAUUCAAUGCUUUACAAGAAUGCCUUUUAGUCCCUCGUUCUGACAGUGAGGUUAUUAGUAAUGGAAAUGGUGAUGACACAGAUCCACAUUCUUCACUCCUCGGAGAAGGGGAUGGAAGCGAUCCUGGUAAUGUUUUUCUUUUAAAAAAUUCUGAUGAGAAACGAGAUCCUUCAUUUGAACCUCAACCAGGACCAUCCACCAUUAUUAAUGGCCAUCCUGCAUUAGCAUUAGUACAAACUACUGUCCCAACGGCACCUUUAGCAACUCCAAGCUUACCUCCCACACCUAAGAAAAGAAGAAAGUAUUCGCCUUUAAUGGACUAUUUGACAGAUAAAAGCAUCAUAGGACUUCCACCAUUAGGAACAUUUCAUAGUAGUAAAAAGUUCUUGCCUCGUUGUUGUAUGAUAGGAACUUGUAUCAAUGCUUCUAAACAGCAUUACAUGAAUAAUAAAGUAUUACGGAAGACAACGUGUGGUUCUUGCCGAACAUGUUCCUUGAAUAUGUGUGUUGUUCAGAAUAAUGCUCGAACUGUGACUUAUUCUGAUCGUGCCAAGCAAGCAGAUUAUGGCAAUGUGUUGGAUCAUGGAGGUCAUCCUAGAAAUUGUGUUCAUUGUUGCUGUGAUUUUAAACCCACCCAAAAAGUAGGUUGUUCUGCUGAUGAUUGCCCUCUUCAUUUUAAUAAUGGUGUAGAACAGAUUACUAACUAUGCUCGACUUGAUAGAAAUAAUAGACAUCAACUAGCUGAGAAAGCCACUCUGAGAAAGGAGAAGCUUUAUCAAAUGCAGCAACCGUAUUCUCACGUGUACACCCAUAUACCUACUCCUGUUCCUAAAUGGCCCAAAACAAAGAGCAUGUCUUGGCGUUCACUUCCACACUUUGGGGCCACGUCCUCAUUGAACAGAUUAGUACCCAAGAGAUCCACGUCGCAUUUCUAUGCAAAUACCGAUGCUCUGAAGGAAAAGUAUCCUGGCAUGAUAGGCAAGUCCAUUAUAGAAUCUGAUCUGAAACAGGACUUAAGCGAGAAGCACGAUUCUGAUGAAAGUUUAGCUGUUCUGUCGUCUUUGUCCAAUUCUUCAAAGGGAAGUGAUCCUAACAUGUAUGCCAAGAUUUCUUUCGAGAAGACGGAAGCUUUACAGAAUGCCGGAAACCAAACGAAUCAUGAAGAGGAUGGUCAAUUGCAUGGAUUGCAAAUGGCGUCAGCAGCCACUCAGACUUACUCAGGUUAA